UAUACGAACGAAAUUCGUAUACCCAACCAGGCAAAAGAAAUAAAAGAUAACAUGAAGAACUACAAAGUUUAUUGGUUUAGAGGCUUCAAAGGUAAAUAAUAAACGUUGAAGUGCAAACGGACGGUUAAAAUAUAACCCAUUAACCUUGGCUCAGUUCUUCCUCAUAUGUUUUAGACAAUUAGUAGUGAGCACAGACAGUAGCAAGCAACAAGCAACUGAUCAGUAUUGAAUUGUUGAAGUCGGCUAGAAAUAUAUAAUAUAGAAUGAUUUAGAAAUAUGGUCUGUUGCUCCGCUAGCUAGCUAGCUUUAUAAUCCGGUCCCCAUGGCCAGCUACUAAGAAUCACUUGCUAGCUUCAGUUCUACCACACAACCUAGCGAAGGCGGGGGGAACAGAGAGAGAAGAUAAACAAUGGCGGAGUUCGUGCUUGGAUUGACCAAGACGGCGGUGGAGGGGACGCUGAUCAGGGUGAAGUCGGCGAUUGAGGAGGAGAGAAGCCUGAGGAUGCGUGUGCAGGACGACUUGCUGUUCAUCACGGGGGAGUUCGAGAUGCUGCUGUCAUUCCUCAGCGUGGCCAACACGGAGCGCACCAGCAAUCGAGUGGUGCGCACCUGGGUGAGACAGCUCCGCGAGCUGGCCUUCGAUGUCGAAGAUUGCGUCGAGUUUGUUGUCCAUCUCGACAAGCCGUCGCGGUGGGACUGGGUGCGGCGCCUCACCUCAUCCCUCAUCUGUAUGGCAAGGCCGCCGUUGCCACUUGACGAGGCGGUCACCGAGAUAAAGCAGCUCAGGACCAGGCUGGAGGAUGUAAGCCAAAGGAACACCCGCUACAGCCUCAUCGGCGCAGGCAACGACGACUCUUCCUCUGGCUCCAAUCCCGGCCUUGUCGCGCCGGCCACUGCUGCUGAGGCAGCAGCAACAGCAUUCCACAUCCUCUGCGAGGUGUGGGAGGCCACAGGGAAGAAGCAACACGACAUCGGCCAAGGUGACUUGAAGAAACUGAUCGACUGUCAAGGCAGUGACCUUCAAGUGCUCUCGGUGUGGGGCAGUACAGGAGGAGGAGCCGCACCUGAUAUUGGGCCGUCGAUAACUCAUGUUAUCAGGAAGGCGUACGAUGAUCCAGAAAUCUGUCAAGUAUUCAAAAGUCGCGCCUGGGUGAAGCUGGUGCAUCCUUUUAACCCUGAUGAGUUUCUCGAGAGCUUGCUCACUCAGUUCUUCGCCAACUCUCACCAAGAAAAAAUAUGUGUUGUCGAUGAUCUCAAGAAGGACAACCUCAUGCAGCAAGUAAGGGAGCAGAGGUAUCUCAUCGUUCUAGAUCAAGUAUCCACUGUGGAAGAUUGGGAGGCCAUAAGAAUGUACCUGCCGGACAGUAAUAAGGGCAGCCGGAUCGUCAUGUCCACGCAGAGGUUAGGUAUUGCCCUUUUGUGCACGGGGGAGCCCUACCAAGUAUCCGAGAUUACACGCUGCUCACAUUCUCAGCCGCGCUUCUCACGUUCUCAGCCACUUCGUGCCAUUUAUAACAAGGGCUCUGGUCACCGCAGUGGUAUUGGUGAAUUUAUUCGACAGUUAAGAUCCCGUGGUGUUAUCUCCGUGUGGGGGGCUGGUUGUGAUGAAUCACUUCUCAUCCCUAAUUUGUGCCAAGGCAUAAUGGAUAAGUCCAAAGUAUUUGACGGACUAAAAUUUCAGCACUACUUGGAAUUCACUGUAUCUGAUGACCUUGAUUUGUUGAUGGAGAUGGCUGCAGAAUUAUGUAUAUAUUCUAAUCCACAAGAUCAACAGCACAAGAUGAAAGACAAAUUCCAUGAGAUGGACAGAUCAAAGAUCAUUGAAACUUGGUGUACAUUUCUGGCUGCAUACGAUGAGUUGUACCUCAUCGUUAUUAUGGGUCUCAAAUCCAAGGAUAACUGGGACUUGAUUAAAAAAAAUCUCUUAUUCGAGCCUACUAAAUGUUGUGUCGUCGUUCUUACAGAAGAUGAAAUUCUGUCCAGACACUGUGUAGAUUAUGAAUAUCGAACCCACAUGUUGGAAGAUAUUCAGCAGGAUUAUCAACAAAAUUGUGGACAAGGGGGUAAAAGAAGAGAAGAGGAAAAUUGGAAGCUUGUUAGGCGUGAAGAUGAUAUGAAUCGCAUUGGCAAUUGCUUAGCCAGACAUGGUGUGAUCUCUGUGUGGGGGAUUGCUGGUGUUGGGAAAUCAGCUCUUGUCAGAAACUGGUACUUCGAAAAAUUGCACAACGGAACGUACAGAAUGUAUGGCUGGGUGGAUGUGCAUCAUCCAUUAAUUUUGCAGGACUUCUGUCGGCGUCUACUUUUGGAUUUUUAUUCUGAUGAUCUUCAAGCCAAAGAAACUGCACUUGUUGGUAUGAUGGAAGGCCAAGACCCUAUUCAAGGGUGUUGUAAAAUUCUGAGUGAUAAAAAAUGCGUCGUGGUUAUUGAUGGACUGCAGUCCACACACGACUGGGAUUUGAUAAAACCAUUGUUCAUGUCCCAACAUUCUGAAAGUCAUAUCAUUCUCAUAACAAAUGAAGAAAGAGUUGCCACACAUUGCACAUAUAACACAGAUGGUAUGGUCAACGUUAAAUGCCUAGAAGCGGACGCAGCCAUUGAACUCUUCAAGACGGUUAACGACCUUGACUUGCCUUCCGGAUAUGAAACUAGUGUGACCAAGUGUGGUGGGCUUCCCAGAGUAUUAAUUGCCAUAGGCAAAUUCAUGAAGAAAUCCAGAUACAGAAUGAAAGAUAUAAACGAUGAUUUCAUGGGCGUUUUGGAGAAGAAUCAAAUGUUCCAUAGUUUAAAGGGUCAAUUCUCUUGGAUGCAGAGCUACUUUGAAGGUUGCUCAGAUUACCUCAAGCCAUGUAUCUUCUAUCUGUCAGUUUUUCCUGCAGGCCGAAACAUUAGACGGAGGCGUUUGCUGAGGAGGUGGAUUGCAGAGGGCUACUGCAAGGACACAAUUGGUAGUGCGGCAGAAGAGAAUGGGGAAAAGUUGUUCUUGGAGCUUGUCAACUUGAGCAUAAUCCAUAAGCAAGCUGAAGAAAGCAAGGAUUCAUGCCAAAUCAAUGGUUUCUUCCGUGAGUACAUCGUCUCACGGCCAAUGGAAGAUAACCUUGUGUUUGCACUGGCAGGGCGGUGCAACCCCAACUCACGGCGCUCUGGAAAACACCUCACCAUAGGGGAAGACUGGUAUAGAGAUGAGAUUGAAUUCAAGAGCUUGGACUUGUCGAAGCUGCGGUCUUUGACAGUGUUUGGGAGGUGGAAAUCAUUCCUCAUCUCGGAUGUGAUGAGGCUGCUUCGGGUGCUGGAUCUGGAGGACACAUCAGGUGUAACAAAUGAUGAUCUGGAGCAGAUCGGGAAGCUAUUGCUUCGCCUUAAGUUCCUGUCCCUACGAGAAUGUGAAGAGAUCAGCCGUCUCCCAGAUUCACUGGGUGGUAUGAAGCAGCUGCAGACUCUAGAUAUCAGGGGAACCAAUAUAGUUAGGUUGCCACCGGCUAUCACCAGGUUAGAGAAGCUGCAGUACAUUCGUGCUGUCACCAACAAGGUGCCAUGUGUUGAUGCCGUCACAUCCACAACGACGACAUUUGUAGUAGCAGAAGCAACAAGAGCACUUGCAGCUGCAGGAGAAGAAGAUCGUGCAGCACCAGCAGCACCAGCAGAAGCCAAUAGUGUUGGUGGUUGUACAAGCCCGUUCCUCCGAAUAUCAAGUGUUACACGGCCAUGGAGGAAGAGCAGGGCCCGUGAUUUGGUGGCAUCUAGCAGCUGGUUGAUGAGGUGGCCUGCGAGACACCAUAAUGCCAAUGACAAUAAUGGUGGUGUUGAGCUUCCAGCAGGUGUUGGGACGCUGACGGCCUUACGUGCCAUUGGUAUUGUGAAUGUUAGCAAUGGUGCAGGUGGGAACGGGAAGGCCAUCCUAGAGGAGCUCAAGGAACUGACCCAACUGCGCAAGCUCAAGGUGUCCGGCAUCAACUCAGCAAACUGGCGCGAGUUUUGCAGUGUCAUCUCGGGUCACCGCUAUCUCGAGUCCUUAUCAGUGCGGCUUGACCAGCAGGAGGAGGUUGGUGAGUUUGCUUGUAAUUUCGAUGACAUCUCCAACCCACCCAAGACACUAGAGAGCCUCAAGGUGUACGGUCCGGGGCAGGGGCAUGCACGCAUACGGCCAGUCUGGAUCCAGCAGCUUCCCAAUCUCCAAGGCGUUGAUGUUGAGUUGACCAUAUCAACCCAAGAGGACAUAGAAAGUCUUUACAGGGCAUGCAAAGUUGCAACCGAACAUCGAGUAUCGAGACGUCGAAUUUGUAUCAAUCCGACACAAGAGCACCUCACUUUUGCUAAGCCCGACAAUGGUCCAAGUUCUUGCUUGGAUGGGUUUAGCAUAGCACUAGACUCCCUCAGGAUUGUUUGCGGCUUCAAGUUACAACACUGCUAUCAGGUAACCUUUGGAUCUUUGAUCACGUUUAAAGUUGAGAUGCUCAAGGUUCAUUGUUCUAGCAGCAGCGAUAGUUCUCAAGAUGUUGGUGGAUCAUCGUCGUCUUUGCAUCUUUCUGGCCUAGACAGUAUAAUUGCUUUCAAUCAAGUCAGGCUUACGGGUUCUUAUGGCGAACAACUUAAGCAAGAUUUGCUCGACCAACUUGCCCAGCAUCCCAGCAAACCUGUCUUGAUGGUGGAGCAACCAACUUCGAUAUGAUGGUGCUGAUCAUGUGCGGCCGGUAACAAACCUUAACCGUCCAAAUCUGUAAUGGAUACAUGCAUGUUCUCGAUCGAUGCCUUUGCAUCCUGUACUAUUCUUCUUUUUCGAACAAAUCAAUGAUACAUUAAUAAUAAAUGUAUGUCAGCGCGUGUAUUCCCUGUA